UUAACUAGGACGCAGAUUGACAUUGAUAUACCAACUCAUGAACCACCACGGCGCCGCAACUGGGCGGCUAUAGAUAUCAAAGUGCUACAGGAAUUGCUUAGCCAACUUAUUGUACCAAGGCUUGUAAAUGCAUUAAAAUCUCAUAUUAAACUUGCAACAGUGGCCUUUACAGCGGCUAUUCGCAAAGCGGUUGAUCAAUCAGUUCUAUGGGCUCGUCUAAGUGCGUGGAGUAAUCCGGAUUUUACACGUAAAUGUAAAGAGGCUGUACAAACCUGCCGCCAGCUACGAUGUCAACUCUCAAACACCCACAAUCCGUGGAUCUGGAGGGCUUACCUACAAGCCCGCAACAAGAAGAAAUGCCUGCAGGCGAUAGAGCAAGGCCCCUUAGGCCUCUGGAAAUUAGCAAAAUGGGCACACUCGCGUAAUGGAGUGUAUAAAUCAGGAAUUACCUCAACCCUACAAGACCUCGAUAGCCAUAUGGCGGAAACAGUGGAAGCAAAAACGCAGCUUCUUAGAGAAGCGUUCUUCCCACCAAUAUCCGUCACAAUUGAAUUCCCAGAGAUCCUAUGUCAUAAGAUUGAGCAUGUUAUUUGUUCAAUACCACCAGAUAAAGUACUAGGUGAGGAUGGCAUUCCAAACAGCUUCUGGCAUAAAAUCAUUGGCAUCCUAGUGAUCAUUGACACUCUAUAUGAGAUCUUUAAUGCCUGCCACUUAAUUACCAUCGUACUGUGUAAAGAUGGCAACAGGGACUAUCACAUACCCAAGGCAUAUAGACCUGUAGCCUUGCUUAACACGCUUGGCAAGUUUCUCAAAGCAAUUAUUGCACGCCACAUCAGCUAUGCCAUGGAAAGUGAAGGAUUGCUUCCUUCAAGCCACCUAGAUGGCCGUAAAGGAAUAUCCAUGGAUCAUGCCAUACAGAUUAUCCUCGAUCGAAUCCGUGGAGCCUAG